AUGUUGCAGCUCUGGGAAAUCAUGGAGGAGUGGAUCUCAGCCUAUUUCAAGAACGUCUUCUGCGCAAGAAUGACAUCUACUCAGCGCUCAGAAAGCAUGAAUGCAUCCCUAAAGCGUGGUCUGUUAAAUGAGAAGCUCAGUCUGAACCGUUUUGCAGAACAAGUUACCAAACUAAUAUUCCAAAGGAGACAGGCAGAGAAUUUAAAGACAUAUGCAAUACAGUCAAAAACAAAUAAGAGAACCCAUUAUGGAUUUGAGCAUCAAUUCCAGCAACUUUAUACGAAGACUGUGUUCAAAGAGUACCAGGCUCUGCUGAAGAAAAGCACACUCUUCCGCAUCAAACCAAACCCAGACUACCCUGAACUUGAUGAGUACAAUUAUCUGGUGACCUAUCACCAACCAACGACCGACUUUUCUUGGUCAAACCAACAGUUCAGAGUACUUGCAGAUCCUAUUAGAGGCGAAUACAGGUGCGAGUGUCUGCUAUGGGAACACACAGUUUCUGAUGGAUUGAAACUUCAUUUUAUUACAACAGGACUGUUCUGCCUACAUGUUUUAUGCCUGCUGGACCACCUGAGGGUUGAUAGCAUUCCAGUCAGUUACAUACUAAGGAGGUACACUAAUGGAGCGCGACAUAGAGGAACUUUUGAUAGGAGAGAUUACAAGACACAAGCUUCUGAUGGAACCUCGUAUCUGUACCAGCAGAAUGAACGGGCAAGAGCAAAAGUUGGUCUGCAGGCACUGUAUGACGAACUUGAUGUGGGUUCGUCAACACCAGAUAAUGAUGAAGAUGGUUCAAGCCAGUGCCCAGAUAUUGAUGAGUUUGAGCCUGAAGAAACUCACUUUUGGACAGAAACCCAACAGACAUAUCCUGAUUGUCCUAACCAGCAAGAAAAUCAGCCUGACAACGAUGGUAACAGUAUGCCGCAGAGGGUUAUACUACCACCACCUAAGUCCAAAACUAAAGGAAGCAGGAAUAAGGAACCUGGUGGCUCUAAACCUCCAAGAGCUAUGAAGAAGAAGGUGCAGAAGACUGUGAAGAGGGAAGGGAAGAACACGUGCAGUAACAAAACAAAAGGGAAGUUCAGGAAUGAACUACAAGGAAGUACCAAAUAG